AUGCGGCAGGUCUUUGGAGUUUUGAGAUACAGAUUAGAAACAAUAUUUCAGGAAAGAAAGAGCUACUGCUCCCUAAUGAAAAUAUUUCUAGUUUGUCUGUUGGCCUGUGUUAUCACCACCACAAUAGGAGUGCUGGCCCUGUCUUUCAUCUAUGCAGAAAACAUUGGCUUUCUAAAACAGACAGAUGUUAAAAACUCGGACACAACCCCCCCGAAAGCAGAUGAAAAAGGAGUGGAUAUCAAAUUCCGGUUCCUGAAUCAGCUGGGAAAAUCCAAGGUACAUCGUUUCCCAGGUGGUGAUAUUCAGUGGGCAAGAUUCAGGAAUGAUGUAAAUGAAUAUCAAAGCGUUCAAGAAAUGGAAUUUGGAAAAAGUAUCAAUAACUUUCGCUCUAAAAUGACUUUUGGAACCUUACGAAUCAAGAGCGAAGGGCUUCGAGUUCCCCACUGGCAUUUUAAUGCUAAUGAACAUGGCUACCUGUUAAAGGGUACUGCCUGGAUUGGAGUAAUUGAUGCAGAUGACAGCGUGGUUACCACAUACAAUGUCACAGCUGGCCAAGUGAUCUUCUUCCCUAGAAACACUUUGCAUUGGAUAAAGAAUGUAGGAAAAGAAGAGUGUAUGUUCUUGCUGUUUUUUACAACACAUGAAGAACUUAAGACCUUGGAUGUAGAUGAUGCAUUUUUCUCUACCCCAGAAGAUAUAGCAGCGAGAGCAUUAAAGCCACAGGGUGGAGUUAACUUUAUCAGAACAUUCAAGAAACAAACAGAAGAUCAAGCCAUUAACCUCCCACCAAACUUAAAAGAGCUCGUACAGAAUGCCAGCUAUGUGCAAUCUCCAGAUAGCCUUGUAUGGCGGUACUUCUACGACCUCAAAGGGUCAGCAGAAUACCCUUUUCCGGGAGGAAUCUUCCAGUGGGCUCGCUACCGCAUAAAUGGAACUGGACUGAACAAGACAGAGAAAAUUUUUAGUGAGUCACUGAAUAAGCAUGAAAAUACCCUUACCUUAGCAACUCUCAGAAUAUUCAGCAAUGGACUGGGGCAGCCUCAUUUCCACUUCAAUGCUAAUGAGAUGGGUUACGUCAUUAGUGGCUGUGGAAAGGUUGGGGUUAUUGCAUCUGAUGUCACAGCCAACUUCAACAUUGACAUUGGAGAUGUCAUAUUUUUCCCUGUUGGAAGCCAACAUUAUAUCAAGAGCGUAUGUGAUGAGGAUUUAUUUUUGAUUCUAGCCUACAGUACAGGCAACCAGCUGGAAACUCUUCGUAUGAAUGACUACUUCCAUGCAACAGCAGAUCAUAUCCUUGCUCAGCUUUUUUUCAAGGAACAGAAUGAGUUUAAAAAGAUCCUACAGCCUUCUAAAUAACUGGGCAAAUAACCUAUCUUAGCGUUUAAUCACUCCAAGUAUUUUUCAAAAUUGCCGUAUUUCUAGCAGUACUUCUUGGUACCUUUCCUGCUAUUUAU